AUGGCGUCCACGAGCGACAUUCGCGACAUCAUGAACCUGGGCCAGGCAGGUCCCCGGCAACCUGCGCCAAAGAAGAAGAGGCCGGUCGAGCCUCAGGUGCGGGUGACGGGAGUCAAGCGAGAGGUUCAGGCUCUCAUGGGCGACUCGGUUCCUCCCAUCGCCAUCGUCGAGCAACGAUCGUACAAGUCACGGCCGUCCAUAUCGCAGAAGUUGUUCAAACCGAGACAUUGGGAAGAGAGACCAUUCCAGCAUGGCGCAAGGACAGACGGGUUGCAGCUGAGGCAUUGGAAGCGCUCUGUUCCCGGAUCGAACGUUCGGCAAUCGUCAGUCGCAAACAUGACUGCCUCGACCGACGUGGAAAUGACAGAUGAGCCAAGAACGCCCUCGGGUGUGCAGGAUUUACACUUUGAGGAAGAGUUUCCUUCACAUAAAUGGGAUGUCAAGGUGCAGGUUCCUUCGUACACAGACGAACAGUAUGAAACCUUCUUGAAGGCGGAGGAAUGGACAAAGGAAGAAACGGACUAUUUGAUGGAACUUUGCCGCCAGUACGAUCUUCGCUGGGUCAUCAUUGCCGACCGCUACGAUUCUGACCAGAUCGUGGGCGCCACACCACCUCCAGAGACCGGCGAAGCGACUGGAACAGAAGUUGCCCGUAAAAACAAAUAUCCAGCUCGUUCUAUGGAAGCGCUCAAACAACGAUAUUAUGGCAUUGCGGCCAAGAUGCUCGAGCUACAGAUUCCGGCGAGUAACAUGACCCAGGCGGAAUUUCAGCUAUGGGAGAAGAUGCGAAAUUUCGACGCACGGACCGAGUCAAUGCGGAAAGCCAUGGCAGAGAAGCUCUUUGAGCGCACCAAAGACGAGGCCGACGAAGAGAGGGUACUCCUCGAAGAACUCCAUCGCAUUACCAAACACGAAGAUGACCUCAUGAAGAUGAGGGCCGAGCUAUAUUCGAGACUUGAGCCUGUCCCUCCUCUCAGGAGAAAUGAGGAGCAAUCAACUGCCGUGUAUCAAACCUCCGGAGGCCUGUCCAUGCUGUUGCAGACACUUCUUGCUAAGGAGAAGAGGUUGAAGCGUCCUCCGGCGCCCAAUGGUGCAGAAGCAGGCACCGCUGCGGCUACGCCCACUGAUUCGUCGAAACAUGACAAAGUCAGACACCCUAACCAGUACUCCCGGAGGGAUACUUUGGAUUCGCAAGCCGACGAAUCGAGGCCGCAGAAGAAGGGCUCAGUAUCUCAACCUAGUGUGCGUACACUCUCGCCUCAAGAGGAGGCGCGAUUUGGCGUGUCACAUCCACAAGAGAGACUCACCAGUGGAGUACAAUUCCGGCAUGAAAAGAUUAAUCGUCUCAUGAUGGCCAAGAGUCAGACGCAAACGGCCAAGAUACAAGCUGCUUUGACCGAGCUAGGCAUACCACCUCGGUUACUCAUGCCUACACAGCGUGUAUGCCGGGUUUUCGAGACCCUAGUCGGCGAGAUCAACAUCCUGCUGGAUGCCAGGAAGGUCAAUGAAAAGAUUGCUACUGAGAUCAAGGUCCUGGAAGAGGCGAGACGUAUCAGACUUGGCCUGCCUGAAGAGAGAGAACAAAACCCUGCACCAGCUGUUGAUGCUAUGGAUGUAGAUUCUUCUCACCUUGUUGAUAGCUCGAAAAUUGAGAACGGCCAGGAGCAUUUCACCAAGGAGGAGAACGAUGCUAGGGGUGACGGCAGCACUCCUGCAAUGAAGACGGAAGACAAGAGUGAACAUGGCGGUCGUGAUAACGACGAGACUACGAUGCAGGUGGACGAGCGGCCUCACGAAGAUGGCGAUGCAGAUGCUGACGAUGACGGGGAUGAAGUCGGUCCAAGCUCAUCUUUGAAGCCCACAGAGAAUGGGGACAACGAUGAGGAGGAAGAUGAUGGACCGGAAGAAGAAGAGGACGAGGAAAAUGACGAGGACAGCCAUCGGACUGUCGCUCGGGCGGACAAUGAAGAUGAAGAUGAGGACGAGGACGAGGACGAGGAAAGUGAUGACGCGGACAACAGGCCUCAGAUUGACAGUGGCGAGGAUGAUGACGAGGAUGAAGGAACCAGCGAAGAAGACGACGAAGCCGAGGUCCAAGCCACCCCCCAGGACGACAGCGACGCUGAAGAGGAAGAAGAGGAAGAAGAGGAAGAGAGGGCUGAAGCCGAAUCUGAGGAAGACGAAGGAGAGGGCGAGGCGGAGGAAGAUGCUGCUGCCGAACAAGGUACCUCUGGACCAGAAGCCGAUGACUCGGGCACUGACGGUGCGGAGGACGCGGAAGAAGAAGAAGAAGAGGAAGAGGAAGAAGUCGAAGGAGAAGUGGGUCAGGAUGAGGAGGUUGAGGAAGAGGAGCAUGUGGCGCACGAGUCGGCGUCCGCAGCUUCCCUCGGACUUCGUGCUCAUAAGCGCUCUGCGAGUGUAAUCUCUGCAGCCAGUCGGACGGGCAGCAAUCGGAGUGGGUUGGGCAGGAAGAAGAGACGAUGA